AUGCUGAGAAGCUUGGCGCGCCGGAUCUUUUCAACAAGGGUUCCAGAGACCUUUAACGUCCGGAAGCAUGUAACGACCGUUUGGGAUUAUUAAACUUUCGCAAAAGUUUCUUGGCGUAAUUCCUGGUUCCCCUGGAGGCGAAAAAACCAAAAGUGAUGCCAUGACGUCUUCAAUAGAGUUUUAUUUGCAGAAUGUGCAAGCAUAUGGUUAUUUGCGCUUCGGUCUUCGUAUUUUUUAGAAAAUAUGCUCGAAGAAGAACGAGCCAAAUAUGAACGUGGGCGAAGAUACCUUGCCCGUAUGAUGGGUCAGGAUCCAGCCACUUUUGAUCAGUCACAGAUUGACGAGGCUGUGCGCUAUUUCUUCCCGUCGGCUCUGGGAAGCCUGAGAGCACGCCCUAAGCUCAAAGUAAGAUCCUUUCCCAUUUACUUUUUUUCCAGCCCCCCGAAGAAAUAUAUCCAGAAAAGAAAAGUAAACUGCAUUUCUGUUAAACUCGCACUUUCAGAGAUCCAAUUUGACAAGACUGGGAGACCAUUUCAUGACCUCUACUACACUGGAAAGCCAGCGUUCUACGAACUUAUGCAUGUUUGUCGCACUUUUCCUGCCUAAUCGUUAGAAAGCCACCUGCCUAUAUGAAGAUUUGAACUUCAAAUUGGAUCGCGGCUAUAUCGAACGUGAUUUUUCAGCCUUCAAAAAUCCGAAGCAAUUGUAAGUCCAACUACUGUUAUUGUUUUCUCUGGUUGUUGUCAUCCUCUUAAUUUUUUAAAAUACAAACGUUGCAUCCAGGACACAAUUUAUUGGCUAAUCGGCCUAACUUGACUUUUGUGAUGAAACCAAAUUGCGAUUUGUUGGGGAAUAAAAUCGGAAAUUCUAUGAGGACUGGCACCAAAGUUUAUUUAGUUGAGUAGUGACCGUGACAAAAAGCGGAUAACUGUCCAAUGUGCCAGUCGAAAUUUCCCGAAUAUCUAACUAGUUAUUUCCCCAAAAAGAAACUUAACUAAUUCAUCCCUUAUCACGAUUACGUGUUGGUCAGUAGGACCUCUAAGCAGUUUUGUUCUUCAGCUUUUGGGGCCAUUCUGUUUUAGUAUCUACCACAUUCGUCCGAUCUUGCUUUCUGUUAUUACUGACUGUCUCCAAGGGUUGAGAAAAGUGCUUGGCUAUGCGUUCGGAAACAUUGAGGUCCUGUUUAAACCAACCCCCAUUUACUAAAACGGUUACAUUUAGGCUAUAGUAAAGGCCGUUUAUCAUAAAUGAUGUUUGCAACUAUACCUACGAGUAUUUUACCACCAAGUUUCGGCACAACUCAUAAUGGUUUUUGGUGCAUGUCGUUUUAGCCCUUCCGCCCUUAUUUUUUCCAACAAACGCCUACCUGAUCCACAUCUCAUUUUUUGGUUUGCAGAUCCUCAAGUUACAGAUCAUUCGUCUACCACAAUGCUUUUACACCACUUGGUUCUUUUGCAGCACGAGUUAUUGACCUGCAUCUUCCAUUUAAUGCGAUUUUGAGUCUGCAAGGUGUUCCCUACGGGUUAUGUUUCACCUGUUGUGUUAUUUUGCCGCAUCUGCUAGUAAGCGGUACUUUCGACUGCAAUACUAGCAUUUACGUCUACUUGAUGAUUGUUCAAAUAGUGGUUAUGCUAACAGUCUUUUGUAGCGAUCAGGUCCUCCCUGCAGUGUGCGAUGCGAGAUCGGUCUAGCCCGAUUGACUAGUAAAGCUGCCGGCUUAAAAUUUAUGUUGAUCAGUGGCGUUCAAAUCCGCUAGUAUCCCUGCUGCGAGUAUGGCCAAUCAUAGACUACUGCUGCCCACCGGCAGAAUGUGAAUUUUACGCAGUUAUGUCACUAAAACUGAUGGAUUUAGGUCCAAAUAUGAAUAUCCACUUUCCGACCGAAUUUGAGGUUUGUACCGACGACAAUACAUACAAUACGUAUGAUUUACACGCCCUGAGACUCAAAGUUAGCCUCCAUUUAGUUCGUUAUCUUCGUCCCAACUGACCACGCCUUUCGGUUUCAAAUUCUCGCCUAGCAGCCGGUGUGAAGUCCUUAUUGGCCAUCAAAACUGACCUGACCAACUCAAGUGUAACAAAUAGAACGUCAGUACUUUCGGCUAUUCGAAAAACUUCGGUAGAGUACCCUUUUAAUUGUAAAAAUCAUGUACUCUUGUCUAACAAUCGACUUUCGCUCAACUCAGAAUUACCUUGACGUAGAAUCUGCACACGCCAUUUAGCGAGAUGUUGUACUGAAAGUGCUCCACAUUUUCUGCACCUGCAAAAUAUCGACAAGUAUUUGUUUUUAUUUUUUUAUAGUUUAAAGCCUUCUUAAGACGAUGCACAUAUUUUUGGCACCUUUCUGUUUUUAGGAUUCUGGCCUCAAGUGAGUGGCUAAGUCAAGAAAAGUUGAGCCAGAAGCUAUUGGAGCCUAUAAAAGACAACAUGGUAGCUUUUGAAUUUUCGCUGUUGUGUAAUUUGCGUUUGCUUCGCCGUUAGCGAAGAACUAUUUAGUACAGUUUGCUUGUUGAAUCUUGUUGCUGAUGCACGUAAAAAUUGAGCAAAUUUUUUUACCACUUACAAAGUAUACCACCGGUGCAUAUACAUAUCCAUAUGACGUCAUCCUAACAGCAUAGUAACAUGUGUGAUAUUCUUCUGACCCAAGGUAUACAGCGUUUAGUUUGGGAGCCCUCUUCAAGUAUAAAAAUUUAACCACGCAAUUUUCUACCAAAUGAGUACAAGAAAGAGUAUUUUUGUGUAUGUUUUCUAUAAAAUAUAUUCAAAUUUAGAAGAGCAUCUAAAAUUAAUGGGGCCGGAAAGAAGGUCAUUAAAAUCUCACUGAAAUUUUUUAGGAUCGUGCUACGCGAUAAUUACUAUCACAACUCCGCCUAAGUCAUUUUUUGAAUCAAAAACAUAUCUCAGAAUUUCGACUAACACUUCAUGAGGUAGCACCUACUGUAUGUGGACUUGCCUUUUCUUGUCCUGCACUACUUUUGUUGUACAUCCACGAGUCUCAAUGUUGUUUUGCAGUACGCAAAUUGGCUGAAUGUCAUGGAGACUCUUGUGAAACACCCACUCUCGUGGCACGCUGAGGAGUUCAUCAUGUCCUACCGGACCUCCGUUCAGGCUGACGCCGCGAAGGAAGUCUUCCCUGAGGUAAGCCUUCUACUUAUCUUUGCAGUCACUCUUAAUCUUGUAAACACCUUUCGUACUAUCAACUGUGAUGUCUUAAAUCAAUCAGUAGUUUUAUUCGCGGGGAUUUCAAUUUAAACAGUUAGUUUGUAAUGGUAAACUAAGAAGAAUAGACUUAAAAAGUAACACUGUUGGCAGUUUCGGGUUAAGUUGUAUGUUCUUACCUUGUGUACGUUAACAAAGCACUUCACUUUGGCACACUUUUCGUCAAGUUAAUGCUGUUUGGUAAUUAAAAUAACUCGAGUCAGUUACGUACGACAGUGUAUGGGAAACCUACGACACCAGUAGGCUUUAAGACCACCAAAUGUCCAAUUACUCUUUUCGCACGUUCAUUACUGAAUGCGCAUACUGCUUAAAGGGUGAGUUCUGGAUUUCCUGACGAGUCGUUGCCAUCAGCAAGGCAUUUGUGGACCAUUCAAGCAAGAAUUAUCACCCUCUUCCACAGAUUUACCAGUUGCGUCUAUACAGACGUCUCAGAAUGCGUGUAACUCUAGGACGAUCAGAUGAUCUUCAACAGGGCUCUGGACGGAUGUAUUCAGCAUACCAGCUGUCCGACAAGAGCACGAGAGGAACUAAGGCAGUACAUUGGCGGAAUCUGUUGAGAGGACGGUAAGAUCUUAUUUCGUAGCCGCACCUGUAAGGGGUUGGGAGUUAGUGUUAGGGAUUAGGGUUAGGGGUUGGUGUUAACCCACCCCCCCUCCAUUACCACCGAUCCCCUAUGACAGGCGGCUGUGGCUUGUCUCCUGGAGGUGCGACUACGAAAUAAGAUCCGACCGAGAAGACAUACAGCAAAAACGACGACUGCCCAAAGAGGUAUGAGAAGUGUUUAUAGAAAUAAACUGUAACCGGGUGCUUAUCUUGUACGACUGGCAGGCAAAUUUUCUGCAACGGAUGCGAUCGUCUUUCUUGCACAACCUUUACAUUGUGCUAUGUGUAAACCCGACAAGAAAAUCAUAAAAACCGAGAAUAUUUGGGCUACAGUGACAGACAAACAGAUUAUUACUGUGACUAAUGGGCCUCGGAAAACUGGAGCUCUGCCCAAGUGUGUUUUUUACUAUGGAACCAGGAGCGACAAUGGGCAUCCAAGGAAGCCGGGCUUAGUCAACCCAUUUGCACACCUGAACAUACCGAAUUCAAAUUGAGGGCUGGAGUACGGAAUGCGAGUUCAGAUAGAUCGCAGGCGCCAGACGAGAUCCCAGCACUACUACUGAGAGAUCCUAUCGAAGAGCUAGUCGUCAUCAGACUUCAGCUGUCAGUUGAUUGCAGUGGGCUCUUAGACAGCUGACAGUCGACAGCUUUCCUAUUCACAGAGUCGGUUCACGAUUUUAGGUAAAAGCCAUUAGUUUGACCCUCUUCAAAACCGGCUCUGUUUGAUAAGUUGCUCCACCACAUCAGAUGAGUGGACGAAGGCAUUUAGUGUUCGUUUAAAGAGCAGUUGUCGCAAGUGAUGGACAUCGACGGUGACGGACUCCUAUGAAAAGUAGCUUUUUAAAGAGUCCUCUGACGGGACGCUCAUCUUUACGCUAGUUAAAAAUUGUUUGGUGGAUAUCCCCACGUCAAAUGUGGCGCUUUUUUCAAAUAACCUGGAUCUCCAGACUACCAUCAAGGACAAAAUCGACACUCACACCCUACUAACGGAGGUGCAGGAGGUCCAGUCUUUGGAAUCUAGAUUCCGCAAGACAGAGGCGAGGACAAACUCGGGGACACUACUUCCAUGACAGAGUUGCCUUUAAAACCGUGAUUUGUCAGAAGGAUCUUGCCAUCUUCAUGAAAGAUGCCUUGCAUAGCGCAUCGCAGUCCUCGGAGGUAAGGACAUGUGCACUUGGGUCAAUGAAGGGCUAUGGAACGUGCGUUUGUAAACCUGUAAUCUUAAAUGCAAACUGGAGUUUUUGAAUGCCCAAAACAAGUGUCUGACACUGAGCACCUAGAGGAGCUGCUGAACUCGGUUGACUCGGAUAUCCAAUUCACGAUGGAAGCAGAAACAAACAGCCAACUGGUCUUCCUUGACGUGCUUGUGCGGCGGUGUACAACUGGACGACUGCAAAAUACAGUCUUCAGAAAAGCCACCGACACGAGGCAAAUCGUACACUUAAAAAGCCAUCAUCCUUCGUUUCACAAACGCAGCUGUGUCCGCACUCUAUUCCAAAGAGUCAAAACACACUGCUGCACACCAGAAGAUUAAAGGGCCGAACAACUGUACCCUCAAGAUCUCUGCAGCUAGUGGUUAUCCCAGACAUUUUAUCGAGAGAACCAGGCGCCGAGCGCACAGACGACAGCCAAAUGAGCAGCAACCCGAAGUCUGGAGGUCCAUUCUCUAUGCCAAAGAGGUGUCCGAGGCGGUCUCUCGACUGUUACAACCCGACAGAGCAGGCAUAGCCAGUCGAUCCCAGGCAACAAUUCGGCUCCAUCUGAUGCAACCUCAAGACACGCUGCUACCCGCUAAAAUCUCAGCUGUUGUCUGCAAAAUAAGUUGCAAUGAGGACGACUGCAAUUAUGUUGGGGAAACCGGGCGGAAAUUGCAGACCCGUUUACAAGAGCACAAAUCGCGACUCCGGCUAGGCCUAAACUCCCAACUAGCAACGCAGGUUUGAGAAAGUGGGCAUACUUUUAGAUCUCCGGGGGGUUACCAUCUUAGGCCAGGACAAUACAAAAGCAGAGCGGCUAAUAUCCGAGGUGUGCUACUCCGAUACCAACUCCAUCAAUGGGCAUCUGGAUCUUUCUUCAGCCUACAAAGUCCUACUUCAUCAUGGUCAUAGAGCUCAGGAACAACCAACCACACUGGUCUUAAGGAAGCCAUACAGAGACAGCCCGGCGACGAGUUUACUCGGCGAGGAAGAAGAAGAGCCGCCAGACCGACCACCCGACAGAGGUUCAAUCAUCCUCCUCCCUUCCCCCUCCCAUACGAGGCGGCGAAUUGCAAAGCACGUAAAUAAAAGGCCCGCCAACCAUCCUCUGAGAGGUCGAGGCAGCCGAAGGAGAGGAAAGGCCACGACUCGACGUCCGCAUCGCGGUUGAAUCUUUUGGAGUAGCAGGUUUUGUGGGUGUGGAACGUUUUUUCUGUCGCUGUAACUGAGGUCCAGACAGUCUUAACAUCUACCUGAAUUAAGAGGAUAGCUUACUUACCAUGUCCUCUGUGUGCAGCCGUUAUUCUCCAUGUAAACAAUCUACCAAAUAUAUGUAAUAUUUCUGUAUGCAUUGCUGAAGAGACAUAAUAGUCUCUAAUUGGCAUUUGUUCCUCAUAGAAACUGUUGUUUGCGUCUGAUAUGCCGGCCUGAUCUAAACUAAUUCGGCCAUUGACCGCCUUUCUAGGCUAGGCUCAAAAAGUUCUCACUGCCAUUGUUACCACGGAAGUUUUGCGUGUCUACCCAUAGGAAUCGUUAGCAGAUAUCCUCAUUUACCCACCUAAAACCGGAUUUAUUUUAGCGAGCUUAUUGCUAAAAUCCUGACUACCCUUCAUUUUUUUACUCUUAGCCCCAACUGGAUCCCGACUUGAACCAAAAGUUUGUUGACGCCUUCGGUCAGAAGAAACAUGCAUUUGCGGAGGUUCGUCUCUUUCAUCCGGGGACAGGAAAGUUCAGCGUUAACGAAAAACGACUUCUGGAAUUCUUCCCCGAGUUGGGAAACCGCGAGCAACUGAUGUUCCCUCUCCAGCUGACUGGUUAGUUUUAUUUGAAGUCCUACUGCCGUUGCUCCUGUCUCGUUUGGAGUUUUCACAGAACCUGCGGAUAACUCAUCAUCCACCAUCCUGAAAAACAAGGGCUCAGUCGCAGUACUUAAGGAUGCUAGUCGUGUGGGAGUAGUUGGAAGCGGCGAGAAAGCUGAACACUUGGAUCAGUUCUUUACCGCAGUAUUCACUAGGGGAACUGAGUGCUGUUGUAAACGCUGGUGCCGGGCUUAAGUAUGUACUCUUUCCGACAUCUGUCAUGGAAAGAGAGCUGCAGAAUCACAGAACGGCAAAGUCAUCGGGGCCGGACAUUAUAUUGGCCAAGUUCUUGAGAGCAUUGGCAAAUGAACUCUCCAAAUCACUAGCGCGUAGCUUCCAUUCGUGAUCCGAAUUAAGGAGUCUGCCAUCCGAAUGGAAGACAGCGGUUCGAGAAAAUGCCUACGCUUGUCGGCCCGUCAGUCUAGCCUGAAUUUACUGUAACCUAGUGUAUGAAUAUUUGGGCUGGUUUAUCAGGCACAACGGGAUAACCGCGUAAUAUUGAUUAACUACUGACAGACAGCCAGUAGUAUUUUUAGGGUUACAUCAGAGUUCGGUCUGCGCCUACAGACCUUUGUAUAUGCUGACCCACUCCAAGUUCGCAGUUAAUUUCUGAGGAAAUCAAAAAGCAGCAAUUUUUAAACUGGGGUAUCCACCACAAAACAGACGGGGAAUGCUGGGGAACCCACUGAAGGGCCGAACCCCCGCAGUGGUAGAGUAUCGGCAAAACACGUGUCUGGCCUUUUAGCGAGUUCCUGUGCUGCUAUUAUGGUAUCUUGUAACCUUUGCAGCCCGAUGUGUGCUGGCUGUUCUCCCCUACCCGGUUUUCGCACUCGCUGGGUAUACAGGUCGUGUGCAUGACUGCCUAGGCAUCCACGUCUUUUCUGUUGUUGUUGGUCAAAAUUCUGGUCAAGUGUUUGUUGUGGACCGGGGAGGGGGGGGGGGUGUGGAGUGGAGCGCCGAAGUGCGGGUUCGACCGCGCCUUGCCACCUUGACUCUGUCCUGACACCGGGCCCAGGUGGGGAGGAGGGAGUGCGGUAGGGGCUGCGAAAGUCUCCUUCCACUAUAAACUACUUUACGCGCAAGUCGCCGUCCCUGCUCUCACCUUGCAGUGGAGCACACGGUGGACAUCGUCGGAUGAGACGGUCGAACUAUUAUUGUUUAAAAUGGUCUCCCUGUCGCCUUCUUUUGCAGUUCGGCCUAAGUUCAGGUUUGCUUACGGCGUAUAUCUUAUUGCAGACAAAAAUCUCCCAAAAUCUAAAAAAACAGCUAUAAAAUUAACGUACAAACCUCAAGUUGAAUUUCGAGUAAAAGGCAAAUUUUGUGAGAAAGCAACAUUUUAUAAUUGGCUAGCUUAGUAGAUAGGCGUCACGUUAUUUUUCCCGUCUAAUUCUAACAUCAUAUCUAGCUACGAGGAACAUUUUGUGGCGAACAAGUCUUUUCGAAAAUUUGGUGAAAUAACUGAAAUAUUAGUGCCGUAUUUCCAGCGUCAAUGCUCCGUUAUUUGAAGUUGGCGAAAGAACCACUUCACGGUGGGUUUGAACACUGUGCUCGAUUUACCACCCUUCGGAAGCUACCGUGUUACUCGGUUGGGAGGGAGCUUGCUGGGUUUUAGCCUAUCCACCAGACGUUCUGGGUCGUCUGUGUCGGUUUGUCCGAGCUCGACUACGAGCCUCUGAGUCACGCAUUCAGACCUUUUGGUGAACUGUGUCGACUCCAGCCUGCACUCUCCUCUGCUGCAUUCCAGGUAUGCUGGGCACUGUUGAUAUUACUGCGAAGAUUGCGGACACCGAGACCGGUUCCAGUUCCAAGGCCAAUGCCCUCCGAUUGGCCAUCUCAAGGGCAUUGGCUUGCUUCCUGCCAGGAGACCUAGGAGCCAACCGACUCCGUGCUGCCGGUCUUCUUACUCAGGACGACCGUUUCAGUGAACGUAAGAAACCUGGGCAGAAGAAGGCCCGUAAGAAGCCAAUUUGGUGAGAUCACAUUUCUUCGAACCUUCUGUUGAGGAAAGGCUUCAUUACCGGGGCGUGUGGUCUUCCAAGAUCAUACGCGUCGGGCUCCGAAUGAUUCGUAUAGCGUUGAACGUGGCGUUCGGGCAAAAAGUGGUGAAUUGACUAGAAAACGGAACUACUAGAUCUUAUUUUUCAUAUAAUAGACUCUCUAGGGCAUCAGCGUUUCUGGGCCUUUUUUGAUCGAAAAUAAUGCAGCUCGUCCACUGUUUAGGUAUACAGAAUGAUUGAGAUUUGAAAUUGUCCACGAGAUAUGGUUUGCUCACUCAACUUAUCCGCCGAUAGGAGACGUCUUACUCUGACUUGUACUCAAGCCAUUCCGUCGUUGUGUUGCCUCAGGUGUUUAGCUUUGGUAGUGUUUAUCCUCGACUGGUAGGCUUUUUGAAUUGUUAGCCAGGUUUUCUCCACACAGCGGUGUCACUCUCCAUCCUCGACUGUUCGGUCAGGCGCUCAGCUUCUGGCUAAGUCCGUGGACUGAGUUGCAUCGUGAGGGGUACUGACCGGACAAGGGAAACUAGAAUGAUCGUUUCUGGCAUAUAAGCCGUCGUCCACCAGCACUACCUGACCUCACGUUUCUACCUUUGAUUCCUACCCCAGAUUUUGCCCAUCGAACAUUUUAAGUCCGAGGCUCUACCAUUGAGCUAUGGGCACGUUGUCCGGUGGUGUGGGGCCGAGAAUAUUAACUAUCAUAGGAAUGCGGUUCACCGAUUGGGUUACGGAACUUGCUCGUCUCGCUACACCCUUAAACUCCAUCUAAAGCUUUCACGGGCAGUCGCGUAGCAACCAGUACUACGUGCUGAAAAGGAGUGCCGUUAGUUGAUAUUCCCGAUCGUAACCGACAGGGCAACGAGCCAAUGGCUCAAUGGAAGAGUGUUGGACGUAAAAAACGCUCGAUGACCAAAGAUCCCCUUGUCUGAGUCACAAUUAAAAAAAGCCAGGAGUUAGGUAUGGCUGGCUGCGACGGCAGUUGGAAAACCAUCCUGGUCACCCUUGUCUUUGUUAGCACCACCUUACCUGCAUGUGGCAUCGGUCGCUAUGCGACAGCCCGCAAGGACUCUAGAUUGAACCCCAAGGCGCAACGGGACGACGCUGUCCCGUAACCCCACCCGUGAUUUCUAUCCUUUAGUUCUAUCGAAUCGGAACGCACGUACGAUGUUUUCUCUUUGGAGCAUUAAAAGCGUAGUUUGUUUAUUAUUACUAUUAUUGUUAUUAUUAUACUGUGAAUACUGUCAUCGUUAUUAGGGCACUAGCCAAGACCGCAAUUCGAGUUUGCGAGUGAAAUCACGAAACUUACGUUGCAGCCUUCCAAGAGAUGAACCAAGUAAUACUCACGAAGCUUGGUUUCAUUGAGGUGGCUGAAGAUGCGCCAUGGAAUUUCACCUCGUCCAGAAAGGACGUUGUGCGAGGCAGCUCGUGUCCGCAACUCCUCUUUUGUGUGGCGUUGCUUGAGUACGGCUUCCCCUGUAAUCGUACUAAAUCUGGUAGGGCCAUGAUCCUGCCUGAUCUCAGACGGUUUCAGUGAUGUUGCGGUAGCAGAUCCAGCGGGUGACGGAUCCUGUCCCCCACCCACGAAGACAAACUAGCGAAGACCCAAGAACAUCCUUAGCGACAUUGCGGACUGCGUUCCUGUUGGUUUUAGUCCGAAGUCCUCCAUCCCUGAGCAGCUGCUGCCGACUUUAGGCUGCCAUCACGGUAAUCAUAGGGCCGAUGCUGAUGGUCAUGUUUGCUGGGUGGGUCGGAAUUUUCUCUCGAUGUUAUUGAAGGUAUUAGGAACUGUUACAUUUGAAGUAAGUCAGAUGGCGACGACGGGAAACUGGUAGUUGUCGCUCGUCUCUCAAGCAGGCAAUCCAUUCGAAAUGGUAUAGGAUAAACCUUAUCCGUCCUGGAGAAGAUCCGAAAACUGGCUGAUCAGUACAUCGGUAUGCAAGGCUUCUUCAUGAUGAGGCGCCUCAGUAUUGACUAGGAAAAGAAGUCUAAACUCGAGUCUGCAAUAUACACGGCAGCACUGAUUUCAACCGCAAUUGUUCAGUUCAGUUCAGUUUGAGGGGAAGUAGGUGUGAACCUUUGAAAUCGCAGAGGAAGUGUAUAGAAAAAGUGGAAAGGGAGUAAUAUGAAAGAAAUACAACGGGGAUUAUCAAAAACUGUACGGAUGAGCACAGUGUUUCAUACGUUAACAGUAUCUGAAGGCGUAUGAACUCGGUUUGUUGAUUAAUAUAGUAGAUAUUUGAAGCACACCUAAGCUACAGGAAAAUUACAAGAUUUGUAGUCUGAAAGCAUUUUGGUAAAUGAGAGCAAGGGUCGUGAAGGAGACACGAUCGCUGGGACAAGAGCUUUAUUCGCCUGACGUUUCAAAUUCCUGCUCGAGCCCAUCCCCAGAGAAAAUGCACAUACGGGUGGUUCAUGCCCAGGGUCUGCAGACGGGAGGCAACCAUCAAGCGUCAGGUAAUGAGACUGAAAGACCCGCUGCCAUGGCAAGAAACGUACAAAGUCGUUUAUCGGAUCUGGUGCAGUUGCGGACAAAGCAACUACGUCGGAGAAACCGGAAGACAGCUCCGGACGCGAAUGGCCGAACACGCUGCAGCGGUGCGGAGAAAUGACGCCAGCUCUCGAGUUGCGGCUCAUUCGACGAGAUCUGGCCACACAUUCAAAUUCGACGAGGCCGAAAUUCUCGCUAGAGGUGACAAGCGCGUGAACCGGGAGCCGCUUGAGUCAAGGUUACUGGCCCCCAGUACAUUAGCAAGUGCAACGACCUUCCCCUUCUAUACUCGGUGUUGCGACUUCGCCUAGGCGGAGUAAUUAGCCACGUGGGGAGCGCACAGGUUAACACUGUUCCCAACGACAGGGCCGGUGGGUCGAACAAUCAUCACAUCAACAUCCAACACACGUGACGAAAGUGAAGCAAUUAACGACGUGAGUGUCGGCCAUCAAACAGUCAUCACAUCAAGUGCAACGAUCCCUAAUGAAGUGGGAGAGCCGUGAAUAUUCAUAGGUAUGCGGUGUUAACUCACCUCUGAAGUGAAGAAGAGAGCACGAUUGCUGAAACAAGAGUUUUAUUCGUCUGCUGAAGCCCAUCAUCAGAGGCAACAGCAGUUAUGGGUAAUUCAUAAAUAAGGAGCUACGGUAUCUAUGGGGUUAAGUCGCCAUAAGUGAGCCCUAUCGGUGUUUUGAAACGCCUUACAGUGAGCGGGAAGACAAGAUCGCCGAACUACCCUGCAUUCGACGGGUGUUCAUAGCCAAAUGUCUAACCGCGACUUCGUCAACCGGUGGAUACCCAAACUAUACGAAAGGCCAAGUCGCACGAACUCCAAAUUUUGUAAAGCACAUACGCACGUCAAGAACGUUUCGGAAGAUGUCGGCCGCCUUCUCACAUCACUUGGGAUUGGAGUUGCACACAGACCGGAGAUAAUCAUCAGGCGUCAGAUGAUGAAACCGGAAGACACUGUCACGAUAGGAAACGUCAGGAGUCGUUUAGUGGAUCUCGUGCAGUUGCGGACAAAGCAACUACGUCGGAGAAACCGGAAGACAGCUCCGAACGAGAAUGGCCGAACACGCGGCAGCGGUGCGCAGAAAUGACGCCAGCUCUCAAGUUGCAGCUCAUUCGACGAGAUCCGGCCACACAUUCAAAUUCGAUGAGGCCGAAAUUCUCGCAAGAGGUGACAACCGCGUGAGCCAUGAGCUACUGGAAUCAUGGUUUACUGGCCCCCAGUCCAUCAACAAGUGCAACGAGCUUCCCACUCCAUACUGCGUGCUAAAAUUUCGCCUAGGCGGAGUAAUUAACCACACGGGAAGCGUACAGCUGAACCCUUUUCCCAACGCCAGGGUCGGUGCGUCAGAUGUUCGAUCAAUCAUCACAUCAACAUCCAACACACGUGACGAAAUUGAAGCAAUUAACGACGCGAGUGUCGGCCAUCAAACAGUCAUCACAUCAAGUGCAACGAUCCCUAAUGAAGUGGGAGAGCCGUGAAUAUUCAUAGGUAUGCGGUAGCAUGGCGACUGCAUCCCAUAAAAACUGCAGCUCCUUGUGCAUGUACCACCCGUAUCCGCAUUUGUGAUAGGUUCUAGUAGGAAUCCGAAACGUUAGGCGAAUAAAGCUCUUAUUCCAGCGAUCGUGUGUCCGUAUUCACAACUGCUUCCUGCGUCUCGUCUCUUGGCUUCUGUUAACGAGCAGGGGUGUUCACCGUGGUCCAAAAUUAAUACAUUACACAAAGAGAGGCUACUUAAAUAUCGGUAGUAGCGUCGCGCCAUCAUUAAAUUGUUAACGUUGAACCCUACAGCGCUACACUUUGCACGAACUCCGCAUUAGAACAUUCGGACUGUGCCUUUAUGGUCGGCAACGAGGCCACUUUUGACAUGUGCCGGUGUAAUCUGGAUAUCAAACGGCCAACAUACACAGUUCCAUCACCGCCUCCCCACGCUCCGAUGACGUUCUCAACGUUGAUCUCAUGAGAUUUCCGGACUCACGAACGCCGUUUUCGAGCCCGUCGAUUAGAUGGUCAAAUGUGAUUGUCGCCGCGGGAAAUACACGGUCUGUUGCAUGCGGGUGCUCGGUACGCUCGGAUCUUAGUAGUGACUAGAAUAUCUCGGCUAGUUUAUAGACAUCAUCGAAAGUUUGAAAAACCCUGCAACCACACCGAUUCAGGUGAGAUGUUCUUACUCCGUCCUCUUGGCAACCCUUUGACUUCGGAGUAUUUGAAACUAUGCCCUUCUUAAGGCUCUCAACCAUAAAUCGCCGGAGGUUGCUGUCUGCCAUUUAGAGAUGGAACUGAAGAAUACUUCAAUUUGCGCAAUGUUGAAGGGAAAAUCAACUGAUUUAGCGAUCGCGUUCACCCCUAAUACCAUAUUCUAAAGGUUGUCAACCCCUAACGCCAACCGGACAGCGUAGUCGAGGUCAGUCGAAUGGCGUUUUGGAGACGGUCUUCCACAGAAUCUAUCCACUAGCAUAGUUGAAGGAGAUGGAUGACAAAGUGGCACAGACCACAUUGAACGCGCAAUAAAGAGUCUGGUUUGAUCACCAGUCGAUAUUAAGAACGGUUUUGCCUAACGGCCGACUUUAUAUCUGCCUGUCGUUCUGUAUGCGCAGAGCUACUCAACGGAGCAUACCUUGUAGUCCUGGACCAUUGUGCAGCAUACAUGUUCCCAUCUUCUUCUGAAUAUUUUUUCUUGAAACUUUAUUCAUCUAGUUAUUUAAGCAUAAAACAUCCACCACUUGCUUUACGGCGACGUCUUCUUCCGACCGGGAAGAGUAGUGAAACAUUUGCCAUGGUAGUUAAUUGCGCUUGUACUUUUGUUUGCUUACUUAAUUGGUCUUUUUUUCCAUUUCAGGAAAGCCCGCUAA